GAAAUAACUCUUGCACUUUAUGGUACUUCCGGAAAGUAAACAAGCAGAACGCAAACAAUGUUUGGGAAGAAGAAACAGGCUCCUCAGACUCAAUCGAGGAAGGGGACAGCGCUAAUGAAUCAAAUGGGGUUUGGUGGUAUGGAGGAUGACACAAUGCAUGGAGGAAUGGAUGAUGAUGAUGAUGACUUGGAGGCGGAGCUGGCAGCUCUGACUGGUGGUGAGGUAAAGAAACCAGCAACCAAGAGGAAAGCUCCACUGGACAUGUCCGUGAUUAACAAAAUGGCCGCUGAGAGUAUGAGAGACAUCGGCAGUGAUGAAGAGCUGUCUGACACUGAGGACCCAGACUUGCUGGCUGAGCUGGAGGAUUUGAACACUGGUGACAGCCCCUCCCCACCCCAGUCUACCCCCAGCCCUGAGAAGAUCCCCGCCUCAACACCUCGAACCAGGUGGUCACUGCAGGAGAGGUUGAGCAUGUACCAACAGGCCUCGGCCAAUGCCAAGGCUGCAGGAGAUGCUUCCAAACAGAGGAGACUUGACAGGGGGUUGAAGACACUGACCGACAUGUGUAAGAGAGCCAAGUCAGGCCAACCUGUUGAGGAGAGUGAGAUUCCUCCCCCUGUAGCACUCGGUGCUGUCUCAGCUCAGUCCUCACCGAAACAUGAUGUCUCUCCAUCACAGCCAGCUGAACAGCCAUCCCCACCUAAACAACCAUCCCCACCUAAACAACCAUCUCCAGUAACCCCAGCACUCCUUGUGGUACAGCAGCCGACUGUGCCUCACCAACCUCCUGUCAUGCCACCAGCUCCGGCAGCAAAUGCCAAUGAGCUGAAGGUGCUGCAGACUAGGAGGGACCAGUACAAGAAUGCCGCUCUAAUGGCCAGGAAGAACAAUGAUCUCCCCACUGCAGCUAAAUAUGUCAAGAUCUGUAAACAAUUUGACAGUGUCAUGGCUGCCGCAGGUGACGGACGACCGAUAGACUUGUCCCAGAUGCCGCCACCGCCACCAGAAUUUGGAGGACCCCAGAUCAAAGAAACAACACAACCACAAACAGCACCCAGAGUGGAACGAGCUGCACAUCAGGCUGCCCCACCCGAACCUGAGGGAGCUGAAGAAGUUCCCCCACCCCCAUCAGCAGAGGAGGCUCGUGAAUUGUUCAAGGCACCACCAGCUCCAGGCUCAGUGAUGGAGGCUCUACAGCAGAGGCUACAGAAGUACCAGUCAGCAGAGGCUGAGGCCAAGACUGCAGGGGAGGGCAGUAAAGCCAGGAGGAUGGGCCGGAUAUCCAAGCAAUACCAAGAUGCUAUCAAGGCUGUGAAAGCUGGGAGACAGUGUGACUUCUCGGAGUUGCCUUCACCCCCAGGUUUUGCUCCUAUCCCUGUUGGUAACGCUGCUCCGGCUGCAGCCCCCUCCAACCAACCUCCAGCAAAGCCCCAGGGUCAGACAGCCCCCUCCCCACAGAAGGCUGCACCUCAACCAGCUCCAGCAGCUGCCAGGCCUGCCCCUGCACAGCAGCCACAGAUCAUCAAAACGGCAGGCUCAAGGAAGAGCAUCUCAUCACGUGCAGAACAACAGGAACGCUUCCUCCAAGAGCGCUAUGAAGAGUUCAAGCAGGCUGCGCUCAAGGCAAAGCGGAACAAUGAGAUCGAGCUGGCAAAGAACUACAUGAGGUGUAUGCAUGGGAUGAAGCCCAUGUUACAGGCAGCAGCAGCAGGCCUCCCUGUGGAUCUGGCACAGGUUCCUCCUUCCCCGAUAGCAGACUUUGAGGAAGAGGACAAGUUUGUUGUUGUGGAGGCAGAUGAUUGCACACCGACAGGGGACAGGGAGGAGGUGUUCGAAACACUCAAGCAGGAUCUCAUCAGGCAGAUCAGGAUAUGUUCCACUAAUUCCCAGCACUUCACCAAGUUGGGAGACGUGGCCUCCGCUGCUAAAUUUCAAAAGUUAGAACAAAACAGUCGCAAGGAUCUGGAUGCAUUGAAGAAUGCCAAGCUGCAUGGAGACCCUGUGCCCAAGUUCCACUAUGAAACCCGGAGCUUCUCAAUUGUCAAAUGCAACACAGACCUCGGCGACAAUGACCUGGAGUUAGGCAUUGUUAGAGCAAUACAACUACCUAUCCCCUCAGGUUAUUCUGAAAAGGACUUAGAUACUUAUGUGAAAUACGAGUUUCCUUUCCCUAAUGACGACCCUCAGUCAGGACACACGGAGACACUGAAGGGUUUCGUAGAUCCAGAAUACCAAGAAAAUUUCAAAGUAAAAAUUGAUCGCAAGGCAAGGUCGUUUCAUAGAGUUGUUGAGCGGAAGACAAUCAAGUUAGAAGUUUACUACAAACGGGGUUUCUUCAAGGGAGAUAAACACCUAGGAACAGUCAGCAUUAAACUCUCCCCCCUCGACCAGCACAGUACUGUGCAUGACAGUUAUGAUUUAAUGGAUGGCCGGAAGACUGUUGGUGGAAAGCUGGAAGUGAAAAUACGAAUCCGUGACCCAUUCAAGAACAAAGAGGUGGAGACUGUUAAAGAAAAGUGGCUUGUCAUUGACCAGUUCCUUCGGACAUUGAAAUCAGGGGCUGCCAAAAAUCCUCCAAUUCAGAGACAAAAGAGUGUUGGCGGAGUGGCCUGUAUGGAGGUGUUGCGGUUUGAGAGACAACAGCUAGAUAAACAGAUAUCCUACCUGAAAGACAGCCUGAGUGUGACCCAGACCCAGACUCUCAAACACAAGAGUGCACUGCUGGGCGAGAAGAUUGAGCUGCAACAGAAGAAAUUACGUGAAGGAGGGAAAGAAGCUUGGCUAGCAUAUGUUGAAGUGGUGAAAGAGGAAAUGCCGUCCUAUGAGACAGAUGCACGGCAACUAGCCAAGAUUGGGGACAUGCAGAAGGCGCAGAUCAUGCUCACAAAGAAGAAGAUGGCAGAGAAGGAGCUGGCUGCUAUUAGAGCAAAGUUCCCUGAGAUCUAAGGUCUCAUGAUGAGAGCAUAAUGUGUGAUAAACAGUGAACUGUGAUUAGAAUAGUCCCAGACCAGUUUAUGCAAUGGGGCUUUAAUUCAGACAGCACAAUUUCAGCAGAACAACAGAACCUACCCAGCUCAGUAUAUUACGUUGAGACUUAACUUCAGACAGCCAGUCUUCUACGUCACAACAGAACCUAUCCAGCCUGGUGCAUUACCUUGGGACAUAACUACAGACAACCAUUCUUCUUCACAACAGAACCUGCCCCGCCCAGUGUAUUACCUUGGAACAUAACUACAGACAACCAUUCUUCUUCACAACAGAACCUACCCAGCUCAGUAUAUUACCUUGGAACAUAACUACAGACAACCAUUCUUCUUCACAACAGAACCUGCCCAUCUCAGUAUAUGACCUUGGAACAUAACUACAGACAACCAUUCUUCUUCACAACAGAACCUGCCCAUCUCAGUAUAUUACCUUGGAACAUAACUACAGACAACCAUUCUUCUUCACAACAGAACCUAUCCAGCCCAGUGCAUUACCUUGGGACUUAACUUCAGACAACCAUUCUUCUUCACAAC